AUGUCUGAGGAGACGUUCAUGUUCCUGUGCAACAAACUGCGGCCAGCAUUGCAGCGAAAAGACACUUUCUUCUGUGAGUGUGUGCCUCCGAGGAAGAUUGUGGCUGUUGCUCUAUGGAAAUUUGCUACAGGUUCAGAUUACAGACCCAUCAGUGUUCUGUUUGGUGUUGGCAUCUCAACCGUUGCCAAGUGUGUGAAGGACCUUAGUGCUGCUGCAGAAGCAUUGCUGUUGCCAGAGCUGAUUCAUUUACCCGAUGAGGGGAAAUUUCGGGAGAUAGCGUCGUAUUUUGAGAGCAGGUGGGGGUGGUGGCACUCACUCAUCGUGCAAGCUGUGGUUGAUGGAAAGGGACUGUUUAGGAACGUUUUUGCAGGGCUUCCAGGGAGCAUGCACGACGCGAGGGUCCUGAGGCUUUCCUCCAUCUGGGAUUUGGCAAGCUGUGGAAAUCUCUUCCCUGAUCAUUCCAUCAAAAUAGCUGGCGUUGACUUUGGAUGCUGCAUCCUGGGUGACUCUGCUUACCCGCUGCAAGACUGGCUUCUGAAACCCUUCACAGACACUGGGCGACUGACAGAGCAGCAACUUCUCUUUAACAAGAAGUUCAGCCGGGCACGUGUGGUGGUUGGAAAUGCCUUUGGUAGGCUGAAGGGAAGCUGGCGCUGCCUACUUCAAAGGAAUGACUGUGAUGUCAGUCUGGUGCGUUCCAUGAUUCUGACCUGCUGUGCCCUGCAUAAUCUGUGUGAGAGCCAUGGGGAGCAUUAUGACAAUGUGUGGACGACUGAGACAGAUUACCCUGAACCUGUGGCUGCACCCCCACCGCCACAACAAAACACAGGAGAAGUGGGAGGGAGAGCAAAGCGUGAUGCUCUGGUGAUGCACCUUGUGGGGCAGCAGUGA